UCGAUGAUUAACUAAAGACGGGGAUGAUUAAGGGAUAUUUUCUCUACAUAUAUUCAUGUACUAAAAAGCUAACUGAAUCUUUGCGUGGAACCACAUUGAUGUAUCAAUAAUAAUCACAUUGGUGGACUUCAUAUUGUACUUUCAUAUUGUAUGAUCCGGCGGAUAUCAUUAGUUGUGCUGUUGUGGACGUAGCUUCUCACUCGGGAGUAAAAGCAUUUUAAUAUUAUAAUUUUGAGAUUUGGGCGUAUACAGAUCUACAUUACACAAAUGGAGGCCCUUUCGUCUGGUUUUCAUAUGACCACGAUUCUUUCUCUUUUCUUCACCUUGUGUGUGUUUGCAUCGAUAUCAUGUGUCGCCAUAUUCUUUCUUACCAUUGAGCUUGGCAGACGGAAGCUGAAACAUAUUCCCGGUCCCAGACGAACCAGUGCCAUUUAUGGAUGCCUCCAAGAAGUUCGGGAAUUUCUUGAGAAAGGGCAGAACAAGCUAGAUCUACUUGUGAAAUGGCAGGAGGAAUAUGGAACUGUCUUCAAAUAUUCGAUUCUUCAUCGAUACAUCGUUGCUGCAUUCGAUCCAGAUGUUGUGAAGGAGAUCCUUUCGAAGACCAGUGUCCACCUGAAGCCCUACCGACCCUAUGGUAUCAUGGCCCAGGUCCUGGGUAGUCGUUUCAUGGGUAACGGUCUCAUCACGGAAGCUAACCAUGCCAGAUGGAAAGUACAUCGUGCUAUGCUCAACCCCUCAUUCCACAGAAAGUACCUUGUGACGAUGGUGGAUACAUUCAAUGCGAGUGCGGACCACCUGGUCAACUAUCUGAUGGAGAGAGCAGAUGGCUUACAGGAGGUGCGCAUGUAUGAUGCCUUCAACAAUAUCACUCUGGAUAUUAUAGCUAAGGUGACUUUCAACAUGGAAUUAAAUAUCAUUGAUGAUCCUGAUAACCCGUUUCCUAACUCCAUCUUAACGUGCCUGAACGCCAUCAUGACUUCUAUCAACAACCCGUGGAUGCAGUACGGUUUGACGAAGAAAGACAGAAAGGCCAAGGCUGAUGUGAAAGCUGCAUGUGACUUUCUCCGUGGGUUUGGGCGGGACUGUGUGAAUGCUCGCUUGGCAGCCAAGGCGAGAGGUGAGGAACUUCCGAACGACAUGUUGACAAACAUCCUCCAAGCUUCGCAAGACCUCGAGGGAAAUGAGAAUUUCGGCAUCGAUGAGAUGCUGGACGAGUUCGUCACAUUCUUUAUUGCAGGUCAAGAAACAACGAGCAACCUCAUGUCCUUCACAUUAGAGAUGCUCGGAAAGCAUCCACAUGUCUUACAAAAGGUUCAAGAUGAACUUGACGAAAAACUCGGAAGUCAGAUGUUUAUUAGCUUCCAAGACAUGGGCAAACUGGAUUAUCUAAUGCUUGUUUUGAAAGAAUCACUAAGGAUGUAUGCCCCGGCUCCUAUCGUGACUCGCGUGACAGGCACUGAGGUCAAGGCUAGUACAGGACUCAUUAUACCCAAAGGCAGCCAACUCAAUUUGAGUCCUUUUGUGAUGGGUCGCAUGUCAGAGUUCUUCGAAGAUCCACUUGUCUUCCGUCCUGAACGAUUUGUUGAGAGCAAACAUUCUCCAUACGCAUAUUUUCCCUUUGCCUUGGGUCAAAGGUCGUGUAUCGGACAGCAGUUUGCCCUGAUCGAGGCAAGGAUAAUCAUGGCGAAACUCUUGCAGCAGUUCAAGUUCGACUUGGUCCCCGGUCAGAACUGGAAUCUCUCCUACGCAGUCACUAUCCGACCUGACGAUGGCUGCAGGAACUACGUCUCACUCCGACACUAGAUGCAGAGGAGGAUUCAGGAUUUCACCGCGGGGGGGGGGGGGGGGGG